CCCGUACCUCGCCGCUCCACAUCGAAUGUGCCAAGAACAGGGGAGUCAGGUGUCGAAGAUAGUGAGUUUUUAGACUCUGAGGGUGCAAAAGAGGGUACUGGUGGUAGUGGAAUAUUGGGCGGGGGGCGCGGCUGCGGGUACCCAUCAGGUGCGAGUACUACAUUUCCUGGAGGAGGUGGAAGUGGGCACGAAGGUGGGGGUGGUGGGAGCGGAUAGUCGGGAGGAGGUGAUGCCAGUGGAAGAUCAUGCAUUCGAAGACGAGGAUGCGAGAGAUCUGAAAGUGUCCUUGCGCGCGUGCGGAUAUUCUGACGAAACUUUAAUGUGGAUGGUAUGGGAGAGUCGGGAGAAUAUGGAUGUGACGUUGGAAGAUGUGGUGUUGAAUUAUUGAUGUCCGCAUUUUGUUGGCCUUUCUCAUUGACAAGUUCGCCCUCACUUCUCUCCCCAGUUCCCUCGCCGUAGCCAGUUUCGAGAGAUUUAUCAGAAGGUUU